UGCAUGGGCAUAAGGGCUGGUCAGCAGCUCCUGUGUGCAGUGAGUGGGAAGUGUUAUGAGACUUCCUGAGCCUUACGGGAGGAGGGAAGGACAGGGUUGCUCUGUGUGAAGCGAUGGGAGUAGUGUUGGGAUGCUCCAUGAGCUGUGAGGGAAAGGGUAGGCAGGACCCCAUGUGCAGUGUGGAGGGAAGGGCCAUGGUGAAGGGGAUGCCUGGUUAGCUGUGUACCCUUCCCUGCUCCUACUUCUGAUUCCACUGUAGUGUUUAAAGACCCAGUAAUAAUGGCUUGUACUUGGGGUGUAUGUAGGGCUUGGGCAUGACCGAAGGCUGAUGUGGCAAGGCAUUUUAAGGACCUGAAGACAGCAGCCGGCAGGUGCCCAAUGAGGGCAGCCAUUAAGGAUCCAGGACUGCCCAUAUAAAUGGAGCAUUUUGCUGCUGGAAGGCCAGGCAACAACAUCGCCUGGCUGCAGGUAUCACCUGGAGACUGGCUGCCUGGAGGAUGACCUGGCCCUGGAGUGUGUUGAAACUGCUGUGCAGGAGGAAUUGGGCCAAGCAGAUGUGGCAGUGAUGGCUUCACCCCCCAAGGAGCCCAGUGAGCUGUUGCUGAAUGGAAGGAGCAGCAUCUUGAAGUCGGGAGAGAUGCAGCAGCUGGCACCUCAUCUCCCUCCCAGAAUGACCACUGGACAUCCCUGGAGCCUGCUGUACUGCACAGCAAGAAAUGGCUUUAGUUUGAAGACCUUGUACCGAAGCAUGACCAGCCUGAGCUGUCCUGUGCUGCUUGUCAUCAGAGAUACUAAUGGUCAGAUGUUUGGGGCCUUUUCUUCCACCUCAAUACGAGUCAGCAGCAGCUUUUAUGGUACAGGGGAGACUUUCCUCUUCUCCUUCUCCCCAGAGUUAAAGGUGUUCAAGUGGACAGGCAGCAACACCUUCUUCAUGAAAGGAGAUGCAGAUUUGCUUGUGAUUGGCGGGGGCAGUGGCAAAUUUGGGCUGUGGCUGGAUGGGGAUUUGUACCGUGGAGGAAGCUGCCCCUGUGAGACUUUCAACAACGAGACACUAUCACACCAGGAAGAGUUUUUUAUUCAGGACCUGGAAGUGUGGGCCCUGCCCUAAGCUGCAAGGCCAGUCCUUGGACUCUCCCUUGUUUGGCACCUAAAAAUAACAAACUGCUUUUUACCAGUGUUUUUCUCUUAGUUGUUCCCCAGCAACCUCUGGAAACUGUCCUGGAAAGCAGAACCCUGCUGCCUGUCCCAUGCAAUGGCAAGGGAAGGCAGCCUGGCUUCACAGACACUGCUGCUGUCUCUCUGUUUAUCCCCUCUAUAACCAUCGCUUGUCCUCCUUUCUCUUGAGUUCUUUAGCCUGGAAAAAUGAAUGGGAUCCUGCUUUGCAGAGGCUCACAUCAUUUGCUGAGCAUGCACUGAUCUUGGUCUAUGCUGGGUGAAAGGCCCAGUUCUGUGGCAUGGGCAGUGAUGGGGCAGUUCUGCUCCCUGGUGCCUUCAGAAGUUUUGGGUGGCUUCUGCAAUUAGUUUCAUUGUGCCAGCUGUUACAGGGAGGUCACAACUGGAGGAGCUGGAUGAUGCCAUGCAGAAUUGUUCAUUGGGAAGAUGGUCUAGAGGAUAAUAAAUUGAGCCAAUACAUCCACAGUGGCCAGGUGGGUUGCUGAAUUCUGAACCAAGUGAAUUGCCCAACACGGAGGGCUCAGCCCAGCUAGAGUGAUCUUUGAUGCUUGCCUUUGCUGUCACUCCCACAGAAGGCAUUAUGACAAUGGUAAGCUAUAGAUGGAUGUCCUUUGACCAGCCUGUCCACCACAGCACACAGCAGGUACUGCAUAUGUCUCCCCAGAUUUCAGCCAGAGGGAGAGGGCUGCAGCUGGGAGGGUGUCCCUAAAAGAAAGCCCUGGAACAGAUGAUAGGGCAUGUCCUUAUACAAUUCAGGCUAGUUCCUCUCAUUUGUAUGAGCACUACACUUCAGUCUCUGUUAUAGUAAUAUCCAGUUAGAGAUACCUUGCUACUCCCCUUCCAUUUGGCACUCUGUCCUGCCUGGUAUCUUUAAAAACACAUAGUAAAAAUACCAGCCAGCCAGCAGAGCAGAUGACCAGUAGGGCUGUGCAAAGCUUCAGUCCCUGAUUCGAUUUGGCGGAUAUUUGGCCUGAUUCGGUGGCUGAAUCUCCGAAGCAAAUCAGAGGACCCUUUAAUCUUUCUGAAUCGAA